AUGUCGACAGCCAGCUUCGGACGUCUUGUCAGAUUUGAAGACUCCAACGGCGAGAUUCAGUAUGGAGAAGUCCCAGAGCAACUGAGCUCGUCGGACGACCUGACCAACGUCGAUGUGCGUGUAUACAAUGGCGGAUUGCCCUGGGGGAGCAGCUCCAAGCUCGGCACGAGUACCGCAAAAAUUGCUAGAGUACUGAGUCCAAUUUCCACAGCACCAAUCGUGUACGGGAUUGAUCUCAACUACCGCAAACACGCUGAAGAGGCAAAGAUCGAAUUGCCACCUUUCCCACUAAUUUUCCUCAAGGGAGCAGGACUGGAAGCAUUGGCAGGCCUCUACGAAGACAUUCCGAUUCACAAAGAGGCUGAUUUCAUGGACCAUGAGAGAGAGUUCACAAUUGUAUUUAGCAAGCGUGCCAUUAACCUGACGGAGUCCGACAACGUCUUUGAUUACUUAUUGAUCCGAUCAGGAGGUCAGCAUGGAUAUGCCAAAGCCUUUGACAAGUUUGCACCGAUCGGCCCAAUACUAGCAUCGACCUCCCAGAUCCCCCAUCUAAGCAGGCUUACUCUGAAUACCACCGUCAAUGGGGAGCAACGACAACUUACCCAAACAGACGACUUCAUCUUUGACAUUCCCAGCAUCGUCAGGCAUCUGACCCGGGGACGGACCAUAAACCCUGGUACUCUAGUUAUAACAGGAACGCCGAGUGGCGUGGCUGCCUUCCACAAGCCUCCAGCCUGGCUCAAGGAUGGCGACGUGGUUGAGGUGGAAAUAACAGAGGUUGGGAAAAUUCGGAACAAAAUGGUAUUCGUCAAGAAUCCUUGA